UAUCAAUUCUGCAGAAUCCAUUAAGUGAUUUCUUCUACUGGAUACAAAAUGUCCCUGGUGGCCAUAGGCGCAUGCUAUGUGGACACAAUCCUAACAACUCCCCACUAUCCAGGAGAAGAUGAUAAGUUGCGUGCCUCCAAAAUCUCUCGUCGGCGAGGGGGCAACUGCCCCAAUACUCUAGAGGUUCUUCAGCAACUGAUAGCACACGAUCCAUCAACUGCUGGUGUCUCCCUGGAUCUCGUUACAGUCCUGCCUGCAGAAUCGUCUGCUGCCUCUCAGCAGAUCCAGGCCGCAUUCAAGCCUCUUGUUAGUUUGUCUCAUAGCAUCUAUCGAGAUGAUUUUCAGGAGCCGGCCUCGAGUUAUAUAAUCAAAAGCGAGUCGUCUGGUAGUAGGACGAUUGUCAACUAUAAUGAACUCCCGGAGAUGGAGGUCGAGGAGUUUAAGAAGGUUGCAGAUCGUCUCUCCAAUGCUUCCUGGUUCCACUUUGAGGGCCGUAUACCUGCAGUGACUUUGUCCUGCAUUCAUUAUCUUCGUCAGCAGUACCCGUCCGCGACAAUCAGCGUUGAGGUAGAAAAGCCAGGCCGUGAGGGGCUGCAGGAUCUUGCAGAAGAAGCUGAUGUGGUGUUUUACUCGAAGGGCUGGGCUCAGGGGAUGGGAUAUCAAACUCCUGAAGAAUGUGUUCAGCAACAAGCCACUUUAACACGGAAAGCGUCACUUCUCUGCUGCACUUGGGGUCAAAGUGGUGCCGUAGCUUUCGAGACUAGCGCUCAGAGUCUGGCCCAUUGCCCUGCAUAUUCUUCGGCCGAUUUCCAAGUUGUCGACCCAAUUGGUGCAGGUGACACAUUCCUAUCUGGGAUGCUGUAUGCCCUACUCUGCCGGGGUGAUGAGUGGAGUCUGUCACAGAAACUGGGUUUCGCAAAUCGGCUGGCGGGUAUGAAGGUCUCACAGGAGGGCUUUUCGGGACUUGCACGAGCUUUGGAGUCAUUUCUAUAGAGCUCAAUAACGUGAUAUAUCAAUUCCUAAUUUCUAC